AUGGCGGCGGUGCCGCUGCUGGUGCUGCUGCUGCUGGCGGUGUGUGCCGGCCCCGGGCGGGCGGGCGCGGCGCGGGAGCGGCGGGACGCGCUGCGGGAGGAGCUGCUGCUGAGCCCGCUGCCCACCGGGGACGUGGCCGCCACCUUCCAGUUCCGCACGCGCUGGGACGCGGACCUGCAGCGGGGCGCAGUCUCUCACUACAGGCUGUUCCCGAAGGCGCUGGGGCGGUUGGUGGCGGCGCUGGGCGUGCGGGAGCUGCACCUCGCCCUCACCCAGGGCUUCUGGCGCACGCGGUUCUGGGGGCAGCCCCCCCUGCAGGCACCCGCCGGCGCCGAGCUCUGGGUCUGGUUCCAGCCCACGGUCACCGAUGUUGACAAAGCCUGGAAAGAACUGAGCAACAUCCUCUCGGGAAUAUUCUGUGCUUCUCUCAACUUCAUUGACUCGACCAACACAGUUACUCCAACAGCAUCCUUCAAACCCCUGGGCCUGGCCAAUGGGACAGACCACCACCUGCUGCGAUACGCCGUGCUGCCCCGGGAAGUCGUCUGCACUGAGAACCUCACGCCUUGGAAGAAGCUGCUCCCCUGUGGCUCAAAGGCCGGGCUCGCUGUGCUACUGAAGGCCGAGCGCUUGUUCCACAGCAGCUACCACUCACAGGCAGUGCACAUCCGCCCCAUCUGCAGGGAUGCCUCCUGCCUGGCUGUGUCCUGGGAGCUCAGACAGACCCUCACUGUGGUCUUUGAUGUCUUUUCCAGUGGUCAAGGAAAGAAAGACUGGUCCCUCUUCAAGAUGUUCUCCCGCACACUGACUGACGCCUGUCCUCUGGCAUCGCAGAGCAAAGUCUAUGUUGACAUCUCCCCCAAGAACAAGGAAAAGGAGCUGCUGGAAGUGACCCCCCCUCCGACAUCCGUACACGAAGCUGUUGUCCAAGGAGACAAGAAAACCUACGCUGUCUAUGACCUGCUGAGCCCCUCGCUCUUCAACACAUCCCGCAGCCUCAACGUGCAGCUCAAGUGGAAGCGGCCCCAAGACAGCUCGGAGAUGCCCAUCCCCGUGCUCCAUGCCCAGCGGUACGUGGGUGGCUACGGCCUGCAGACCGGCGAGAUCUGCACCCUCAUCUACAACACCCACCCCUACCGGGCCUUCCCCGUCAUCCUGCUGGAGACUGUGCCCUGGUACCUGCGGCUCUACGUGCACACCCUCACUAUCAUCACCAAGGGCAAGGAGAACAAGCCAAGUUACAUCCACUACCAGCCAGCCCAGGACCGGAGGCGGCCUCACCUCUUGGAAAUGCUGAUCCAGCUGCCAGCCAACUCCGUCACCAAGAUCACAAUCCAGUUUGAGAGGGCCUUGCUGAAGUGGACAGAGUACCCACCUGACCCUAAUCAUGGCUUUUAUGUCAGUUCAUCCGUGCUCAGUGCCCUGGUGCCCAGUGUGAUUGCCAUGAAGGACGUGGAUGUGGAGCAGAGCCCUCUCUUCACCUCGCUGUUUCCUUCCGCCGAUGGCUCCAGCUAUUUCGUGCGCCUGUACACGGAGCCGCUGCUGGUGAACCUGCCGACCCCAGACUUCAGCAUGCCCUACAACGUCAUCUGCCUCACCUGCACCGUGGUGGCCGUGUGCUACGGCUCCUUCUACAACCUGCUGACCAGAACGUUCCACGUGGAGGAGCCGAGCCGGGGCGGGCUGGCCAAGCGGCUGGCCAACGUCAUCCGCAAGCUCAGGGGGGUGCCCCUGCUCUGAGAGCAACCAGGGCAGCCAGCACUGGCUGUGGGGGUCCCUGGGAGCACAGCACCAGUGCCACUUGUCCUGGCUGGAAGCAUCCUGCUCCGUUUUGCUGCCUGGAUCUCUCUGGGAUCCAACGAGGUGAGAGGGCGCGUCCAUCCUGAAGAUGGAAAAUGGCUCUAAGCCCAUUGACUACUGAACUGCACUGCUAUGGGAUUGGGAAAGGUACAAGACUUCUGUUUGGGAGAGGUGUAACGUGCUGGGAAUGAUGCUGGAAGUAAACUUGAGUGUUUUGUA